UUGGCCGCCAUCAUGAACGACACAGUAACUAUCCGGACGAGGAAGUUCAUGAGUAACCGACUACUUCAGCGGAAACAGAGGGUCAUUGAUGUUCUUCACCCUGGAAAGGCAACAGAACGUAAGACAGAAAUUCGGGAAAAACUAGCCAAAAUGUACAAGACCACACCAGAUGUCAUAUUUGUGUUUGGAUUCAGAACCCAUUUUGGUGGUGGUAAGACAACCAGCUUUGGCAUGAUUUAUGAUUCCUUGGAUUAUGCAAAGAAAAAUGAACCCAAACACAGACUUGCAAGACAUGGCCUGUAUGAAAAGAAAAAGACAUCAAGAAAACAGUGAAAGGAAUGCAAGAACAGAAUGAAGAAAGUCAGGGGAACUGCAAAAGCCAACGCUGGUGCUGGCAAAAAGUGAGCUGGAGAUUGGACAACAGAAGGAGUAAAGAUGCUGCAGUGGCUUUAUCUGUGGUGGUUGUGCAGAUUUUUCAUGAGAGGAUCAAUAAACUAAAAAUGUUAA